AGUCAACUGUUCGUUUUAUUUCAAAAUUGGAGCAUGUCGCCAUGGAGACAGAUGCUCUCGAUUGCACAAUAAACCAACCUUUAGCCAGACCAUCUUGAUUCAAAACAUCUAUCGUAAUCCCCAAAACAGUGCACAGACGGCUGACGGCUCACACUGUGCUGUGAGCGAUGUUGAAAUGCAGGAACACUAUGAUGAGUUUUUCGAGGAAGUUUUUACAGAAAUGGAGGAGAAGUAUGGGGAAGUGGAAGAGAUGAAUGUCUGCGACAACCUGGGAGACCACCUGGUGGGGAACGUCUAUGUCAAGUUUCGCCGUGAAGAAGAUGCAGAAAAGGCUGUGAUUGAUUUGAAUAACCGCUGGUUUAACGGGCAGCCGAUCCAUGCUGAGCUCUCCCCUGUGACCGAUUUCAGAGAAGCCUGCUGCCGCCAGUAUGAAAUGGGAGAGUGCACACGAGGAGGCUUCUGCAACUUCAUGCACCUGAAGCCCAUUUCCAGAGAGCUGCGGCGGGAGCUGUACGGGCGCCGGCGCAAGAAGCAUAGAUCAAGGUCCCGAUCCCGAGAGCGGCGUUCUCGGUCUAGAGACCGUGGUCGUGGCGGUGGUGGUGGCGGCGGCGGUGGUGGACGGGAGCGUGACAGGAGGCGGUCAAGAGACCGUGAAAGAUCUGGGCGAUUCUGAGCCAUGCCAUUUUUACCGUAUGUCUGCUAGAAAGUGUUGUAGUUGAUGACCAAACCAGUUCAUAAUGGGAAUUUUUUUUAAAAAACAAAAAACAAAAAAGAUGGGUUUCUGAAUAAAAUUUGUAGUGAUACAGUA